UGCCCUGGGGCAGAGGUGACCUUGUGCAUUCUGGGUUCCCCCAGCACCUUCCUAUCUCUGUUGCUGGAGGGUGGGGUCCAGAGCCCUGGAAACAUGCUCCUUUGCCUGUCCCCUGCCUGGCUGAUGAAGGUGGAAACUCCAGGCCAAGAGGGUGAGGCGGCCCUGUCCGUCUCCAAGGCUGUGAGCUUCUAUCCAGGGGGCCUGACAUUCCUGGAUGAUUUUGACCCCCCUCGGCAUGCUACCUACUUCCUGGCAGGCCUGGGGCCAGAGUCCGGCCAUGGCAAGGAGGCAGCAGAGCUGGCUCGGAACCUCACUUGUCCCACAGGAGCCUCAUCGGAGCUGGCACGGCUGCUGGAGGACCGGCUGCUGAUGAGGUGGUUGCUGUCCCAGCAGAGUGGUGUGGCCGUGCCAGCUACCCUGGCUUUCACUUAUAGGCCUCCAGGGCUGCUUCGGGGAGGGGAUGGCAGCCCUGGACUACGGCUGGUGGAGCUCAGUGGGAAGGAAAGCCAGGAAGCACUGGUGAAAGAGGAAGUAGAGGCCUUUGUGCACUCCGAGGCUUUGGGUGAUGCUUCACAGGUGGCUGUGAGGCUCAGUGGCUGGCGCUGGCGGGGACAGCAGGUAUUGCCUCUGCACCUGCGGGCAGAGCCAUCCACAGUGGUGAGCACAGUGCUGGGAUUGCUGGAGAAGCUGGAGGAGGAGGAGAGUGUCCUUGUGGAGGCCAUGUGCCCACCUGUCCGGCUGCCCUUACCAGGCAGUCCUGCACCUGGCCCUGAGCUGGCUGUGCGGAUCUGUGCAGUGGUGUGUCGAAUUCAGGGUGACAGGCCCCUACUGAGUAAGGUGGUGUGUGGCGUGGGCCGUGGGGAUCGACCCGUGCGGCACCACUAUACCCUGCCGAGGACACUGGGGGUGGCGCUGGCCCAGUGCGGCCUGGAAGAGGAGGCGCAGGUGGCGCUUCUGGGACAGGGCAUCAAAGAAGCAGCUGAAGCCGCGCUGGCCGCAGUACUGGCCCUGGAGGCCGGACUGAGUGUGGAGCAGCGUGGUGGACGCCAAGUGCACACCGACUUCCUCGGCGUGGACUUCGUUCUCACAGUGGUCGGACGCACGCUGACUCCCGUGCUUCUUAAGCUGAACAGUGGCCUGUGUCUGGAGGCAUGCGGCGCGCUUGAGGGGAUGUGGGCUGCGCCACGCCUGGUACACUCAGCUGAGGAGGCAGCCGCAGCACCGCUGGUGGAGACUAUGCUGCGGCGCUCAGGGCGCCACCUCAUGGACGGCAAGCAGCUGCUGGUGAUCGGCGCCGGCGGAGUCAGCAAGAAGUUCGUGUGGGAGGCGGCGCGGGACUACGGACUGAAGUUGCACUUGGUGGAAUCAGACCCCAACCACUUCGCAUCCCAGCUGGUGCAGACCUUUAUCCACUUUGAUGUGACUGAGCACCGGAGGGACGAGGAGAACGCACGGCUGCUGGCUGAGCUGGUGCGGACACGGAACCUGAGGCUAGAUGGCUGUUUUUCCUUCUGGGAUGACUGCUUGGUGCUUACUGCUCUGCUCUGCCGUGAGCUGGGUCUGCCCUGCAGCCCCCCAGCUGCCAUGUGUUUGGCAAAGCAGAAGAGCCGCACCCAACUACAUCUGUUGCGAUGUCAGGGCCCACCCUGGCCUUCAACUUCCCUCCAUGCCGUGGCCUGCUGCCCAUUGGAGAGCGAGGCUGAUGUGGAGAGGGCCAUUUAUCAGGUACCUCUACCAGGUGUGAUGAAGCUGGAAUUUGGGUCAGGAGCAGUAGGCGUGCAGCUGGUAAAGGAUGGGCCACAGUGCCAUGAGCACUUUUCCCGGAUCCUCCAUGACUUGCAGGGUGAGGCUGACCACCCAGGCAUUGGGCUGGGCUGGGGCAAUGCUAUGUUGCUGAUGGAGUUUGUUGAGGGCACAGAGCAUGAUGUGGACCUGGUGGUGUUCGGUGGACGAUUGCUGGCUGCUUUUGUCUCUGAUAAUGGCCCCACAAGGCUGCCUGGCUUCACAGAGACUGCAGCCUGCAUGCCCACUGGGCUAGCACCAGAGCAGGAGGCCCAGAUGGUGCAGGCAGCUUUUCGCUGCUGCCUGGGCUGUGGGCUGCUGGAUGGGGUUUUCAAUGUGGAGCUCAAGAUGACUGGGGCUGGGCCACGGCUCAUCGAGAUCAAUCCUCGCAUGGGAGGGUUCUACCUUCGAGACUGGAUCCUGGAACUCUAUGGUGUGGAUUUGCUUCUGGCUUCUACAAUGGUGGCCUGUGGCCUGCAGCCUGCCUUGCCUGCCCACCCUCGUGCCCGUGGCUACCUAGUGGGUGUCAUGUGCCUGGUGUCCCAGCACCUACAGCUGCUGAGUUCCCCUAGCAGUCGGGAGACCCUUCAAGCCCUCCAUGACCAGGGUCAAUUGCGACUCAACCUGCUGGAGGAGGCCCUGAUACCUGGCCAGUAUGAGGAGCCCUACUGCAGUGUGGCUUGUGCUGGGCCCAGCCCUGCUGAGGCCCGUCACCGCCUGCUAGGCAUCUGUCAGGGCUUAGGCAUUGACAGGCCCAACUACCCAGUUGCUCAUUUCCUGUCUCAUUUCAAAUAGCACUGGAGUCAAGGAGCAGCAGGGAUGACGUGCUAGGGGCAGGGGCUGUGGCGCUCUGUUUUCCUGCUCCUCUCUCUGUCACUUUGCCCCAAACCUGGUUCAGCACACUCCCAUGGCUCAAGUCUAUUCCAGAACAGUAGAGUAAUUUUGACAUCAAAGUCUUCUAGAUUCAAGGACCAUAAACAAAGUGUCUGGAAUUUGCUGGGUCCUCUUGCCUUCCUGAAAGCCUCCAUAUAGCCCCAGGCAUCCCCAGGACUCUUAACCUUUAAAGAACUAACAAAUAACAGCUUCAUCACCACAGUCAGUGCCCAGGCCAGAUGGGAGUGGGUGAAACCCAGGCUCCUCCUCCUUCACUCCUCCUACUCUCCAGGUCCUUUUCUUCUUGUGCCCUAUACAGGAGAGAACUUCCACCGAUCCCUAGCCUUGGACAAAGGCCAUGAAAUCUGAGAUAGGCACACCAGUCUUUUGUUUUGUUUGUUUUUUUGUUUUUUCGAGACAGGGUUUCUCUGUAUAGCCCUCCUGGCUGUCCUGGAACUUACUCUGUAGACCAGGCUGGGCUCGAACUCAGAAAUCCACCUGCCUCUACCUCCCAAGUGCUGGGAUUAAAGGUGUGUGCCACCACUGCCCAGCGGCACACCAGUCUUUACACAAGGUCCAGGACAGUUGUAGAACCUGCUGAAAAUGUCUGGCAGUGUGUCACUGUGUCUGUUGGCCUGAGCAGUAAAAGCAAAUGUCUGUGAUCAGCACUAGGAGUAACCAUUUCCCUUCACACUUUCAGGCAAACUCUAGUGCCCCCAUGCUACAGAUGAGGAAGCAGGCUCAGAGAGAAAAAAAAUGACUGCUUCCACAGUCCUAUCACAGUGGAUGUGGACAGGAUGCAAAGACCAGCCUUCUCUGUUUAUGGUUUUACAUGCUCGGUCAGCCUCCAGGUCCUCUCUUACUUUCUAUCUUCAUUCAUAAGCAGCAGUCAGACUCCUGAACAACUCCCUCCAUAUACCAUACAUGUUCUCUACCCAUUUGGUUGCUUUGGCCUCUGGCGUAUCUAACUGGCUUGGCCCUUAGACUUCUGUGUACACACCUUUCCUCAUUGUAGGAAGCUAGCUACUCUGAAAACACCUGCCUCUGUCCAGCACAGGAGCCAUGGACAGCUCCCGAAAACAUGCCUACCCAAAUAAAGUCUUGUGAACUAGCGAA